GCUCCUCUGAAUCACCCUCACCUCUAUUACUAAUGCAAGCCGCAGACACACAAUCUACUCAAGAUCGCUCUGAUCAAAUCAGUAAUACUGAUUCAAAUGUCACCUUUUUCAAAAAGCGAUCGGCCAGCAAGAACCUUCGGAAGCGAAAGAAGUCAACAUCACCCGAACGGCCCCAUGUCGAGGAGGAUGUGAUCUCGGAAGUAGUGACCAAAGAACGAAAAGUAGCUUCCAAUCCCUUGGUUCAGGGAACGAAACGAGACCGCAAGGACGACGAAGAGGACUCGAUUAUAGGCGUAAAAUACAACGCAACCAAGACAGCCAAUACGGAUAAGAUGAGCGAUGCCACUCGAUACGACACCGAAUGGUUAUUGCAAACAGAGGAACAAGAUAAAUCAAAGAAAUCCAGAAAAGCCGUGGAAAAGCCAAAGGAGGUUGAAGAAAAGAAACCUACCAACUCCAAGAUGCAGCGUGGUCCCAUCCGAGCGCCCGCCAAUUUGCGUGUAACCGCUCGAUUCGAUUACCAGCCCGACGUGUGCAAGGAUUAUAAGGAAACUGGGUUCUGUGGAUAUGGCGACUCAUGUAUCUUCAUGCACGAUCGUGGUGACUACAAGAGUGGAUGGCAGUUAGAAAAGGAAUGGGAAGACGCACAAAAGAAAAAAACCCAAUUUGGUGGUGGAGCUGGGGAUCAGUAUGCUGUUGAAAGUGACGACGAUGACUCAGAUGACGAAUUACCGUUUGCUUGCUUGAUAUGUCGACAGGAAUUCACCAACCCCAUUGUCACCAAGUGUGGUCACUACUUUUGCGAAAAAUGCGCCAUCAAACAUUAUACCAAAUCUCCCAAAUGCUUUGCCUGUGGUGCAUCUACCAAUGGUAUCUUCAACACCGCCAAGAACUUGAUGGCCAAAAUUGAAGAGAAACAUGCUGAAGACAAGAAGAACGGAGUCACAGGCGAUGCUGUUGAAAUUCAAAUUGGUGGAUCUGACGACGAUAGCGAUGAUGAUAGCGACUAAGUUUGUGUGUGUAAAAGUUGCCGAAAAAAAAAAAAGUUUAGUAGAGCCUGUAUAUAAUAAUUCUCGUCACUGAGAAGCCUUUUGACAAAAAAGCAAUUGAAAUAAAAAUCAACAAAAACGAACUUUUCUUGAUGAAGCUGUUCAUUGUUUUGACUGCUUAC